AUGGCCGUUGUCAGCCCGAUUGCGAUGCACCCGACCGUCACAGAACACGAUUACCGCUUUCCGCGAAGACCCGAUCCCCAUCGAAGUACCGACCGCAUUUUCGCCCGCAUGGAUUCGCAAGACGGCCAUGUCGCACUCACCAACGGCAAUGCCGCCGCCGCCGCCGUGACGAGCGGGCAGCCAGCCUCGUCGUCAAAAAACAACAUCCUCAACGCUGCCCUGUUCGACGGGUUCCAAAAGGUGGAGGCGAGCUCGUCCGACAAGGACAACGACUUCGACAAGAUGCAGAGCGAAGAUCCGCUAGCCGCCCAGAUCUGGAAGUUCUUCACCAAGACCAAGCAGCAGCUGCCGAACCAGCAGCGAAUGGAGAACUUGACGUGGCGCAUGAUGGCUCUGAACCUGCGCAGGCGUAAGCAGCAGCAGCAGAAGAUGCACAACAGCGGCAUUGCCCAGCAGCUGCGAAAGACGUCCGACAUCCAUGCUCAGGGCAUGGAUGCCAUGAACAUUGACGACUUCAUCUUCGCCGAGGAGGGAGGAGCCUCCAUCAACGACACCUCACCGCAGCCUCCUGCAUCGUCUCUCUCCGGUCCCCAGACCGCCGCCAUCAAGACCAGCAAAUCAUCCAAGCCGCUGGCUUCGGCAAUCCCCAUCAAGGGCCGCAAGGGUUCUACCAAUCAGUUCGUAGCGCAGUCCGUCCCUGUGCCGCCACCUCACCAGCGGGGGCACAACGAUGAAUUCCAUUACGUCCCUCGACAUGACAGGAAGACGAGUAUAGACGACCGCCGGACGAGGAAACGGCCUGCCAACUUCUCUCCACACGUGAGUGCCAUCAACACUAGCUCAUCAGGUCUCAACCUCGACUUGGAAGCCGACUCUGAGAUCAAUGGAUACUCUCUCGAUAACUCUCACGGAAUGCCCCUGCAGCACCAAAUGGCCAACAACCAAAGUUCGGCCUUUAAUUUGGAUGCCUUUAUGGACAAUGACCCCCUUGGCUCCGGCCACUUCCAGUCCAACUUCUCCUUCUCCCCUUCCACCUCUCCCAUGAUGCACAAUGGACCCUUUCAAUCCAUGUACAGCAACGCCGGGCUACAGUCCUCUCUCAACAACCCCGAUUUUUACUCUCCAACCGGUUCAGGCUAUCCGUCGGCAACAUCUACUCCCAUGCCCGACGGCGAGGGCGUCUAUUUUGGCUCUCAGGACAUGCAGCACCACCACCCGCACCACCGCCCACAGGGCUUCCGACAGAGCUCUUCCAACAUCAACCAUCACAUGGGCCACCCGUUCAUGUAUGGCGACUCCAACGGCGCCCGUGGCAGCAGUGCUAACGGCAACGGCAACGGCAACAGCGCCGUCUUCCCCUCCACAACUUCAAGCUCGGAAGCAGUGCCGGCGUACAGUGCCGGCCCAAGCUCCUUUACGCACAUCGACCCAAGCCAAGUUUUCCAGACUGAUUCGCAGGUCGCAUCUCCCGUUCUGCCGAUGCAGCAAGGAAGCAUGCUUGGUUUUGGAGGCGAGUCCGAUGAAGAUGACGGCAAUGCCUUUUUAGACCGCGGCGGCGUUGGUCUCCACGGCGACUUCACGUCGGCCGUCGACGAGGCUGGGUCUUUUGGCUGGGACGCCUCGCUCCCAGGGCAGUUCAGCACGCAAGCUGCUCGCUUUCCCGGCGGCCCAACUCGCAAGCAAGUCCAGAUCGGCGGCAUCACGACUGAUUACGUCGACACCAGUGGUGACUGGGACGGCAACAGCCUGAGCCGAUCACACUCGCAGUCGCUUGGUCUCGGUAACAACAGCAACGGCAACAGCAACAACAAGCAGCAGAACAAACUUCCUCGCAACUCGUCAACGCCCUCGCACAUGGCGUCCAAGCACAGCGGCUUCGAGCAGAUUGCCCAGUCGCUCCCCAGCUCUCCGGGCGGCCACGCUCCGGGAACCACUUCGGGCUAUUCGUCAGUUGCACCAAGCAGGCCGACUUCACCGCCCCCAAGCUCCAAGCAUGGCUCCUCGACCAAUCUGCAUGCGGUUAGUGGUAAUCCCGGAGAGAGCGGCGCUCCCACUACUUGCACCAACUGCUUCACCCAGACGACUCCGCUGUGGAGGCGUAAUCCUGAGGGUCAGCCUCUCUGCAAUGCCUGCGGCCUCUUCUUGAAGCUCCACGGUGUCGUGCGGCCCCUCAGCUUGAAGACAGACGUCAUCAAGAAGCGAAACAGAGGGUCUGGCGCCAAUCUUCCCGUCGGAGGAUCGCGGAAAAAAUCGGCCACUGGUUCCAAUGCCGCCUCGAGGAAGAACUCAACGCUGUCGAUGGCUGCUGCCGCCGCCGCCGCCGCCGCCGCUGUGACGAACAGUCAAGUCGUGACAACGCCUCCAUCGGUAACCCGACCCAGCAGCAACAAGGAUGGUGACAGCCCCAGCAGCAGCGGGCAGCACACCGCAGGCAGCACGCCGGGUAGCCAGUAUGGAGGGGCCACUAUAGUGGGCGGUAAAGGCGUCGUGCCGAUUGCCGCCGCGCCGCUGAAAACAACGCCAGGGCCGGGAGCUGGAGCUUCAUCAUCUGCGUCUCGCCCGGCCACGGCGCCAUCCAAGAGGCAGCGCAGGCACAGCAAGAGCGAGGGUACCUCAUUAUCGGCCAUGGACAUUGACGGUCCUGCAGAACCCGUCGGGCGACAACUCGGCACGACCCCCAGCAUGCCUUCCAUCUCCAGCGCCAUGAUGUCCAACGGUAACUUCGCCAUGGGCCAACGCUCCAUGAUGGCAUCAAGCAUGGUGUCUUUGGGUGGCAACCAACCCAACAUGGUCAAUAGCGCCGGCGGCUCAUCAGGCCCUCAGGAAUGGGAGUGGCUGACAAUGAGUCUUUAA